UGUUCAGAAUUAUUUAGUUAGUUUCAUGAUUCACAGUUGGUUGGUUCUAAAAUAUAAAUAUGCUGGCACUUCUUUUUAUUCUGCUUUUCAAACCAACAUACACAGGACUUAUUUUAAAGAGGCAAAUGCUCUCUUCUAAGCAAGUUGAAACAUUAACAGAUUUAUGUGACAGCACAACAACAGCUGCUGGAAAUGCUCCCACUAACUGUCUCGAAAACCAGGAGGAUGGAAGCACUGCCAGUAGUAUGACCCCUGUACCUGUACCUGCUGUGCCCGAAUCCUGGGGCUGGUCAGAAUGGUCCGAUCCUGUAGAUGAUUGCCCUAAUGAUUGCCCGAGGUCGUGUCGGGUUCGGUUCAGACACUGCAAUGGUCCGAGGGAGCACUGUGCCGGCAAGGCCACCAGCCUCUCCCCCUGCCCAGCUCUAGUUCCAGAAGAGAAUACAGAAACAGAGAAUAAACCUCCAGUUGUGGAAAAUGAAGGUGUUCCUGCAGAAGAUACUGAGAUAGUUGCUCUACCGAACCCAGCCUAAACCCACAUAUUGUUGUUGUUGUUGUUUUUCUAAAACAUAACUAUAUAUUACUGAUCACUUUGUUCUGGAAUAAGAAAUUUUAUUUCAAGAUGUAUAUUUUGUGUAUCCACUGAAAACUAAUAACCGAGCUUUGGAAUAAUAUAUUUCAAUCCCAAGGCGUAUAUGACGACUAAACUGAUUAUGUAUGUCUGGAGGUUCAAUAAAUUAGAGAGAAAAAGU